UAGUCUGUAGUCUAGUCUGUAGUGUGUAGUCUGUAGUGUGUAGUUUGUAGUCUGUAGUUUGUGGUCUGUAGUGUGUAGUCUGUAGUCUAGUCUGUAGUGUGUAGUCUGUAGUCUGUAGUGUGUAGUCUGUAGUCUAGUCUGUAGUGUGUAGUCUGUAGUGUGUAGUCUGUAGUGUGUAGUUUGUGGUCUGUAGUGUGUAGUGUGUAGUUUGUAGUCUAGUCUGUAGUCUGUAUUGUGUAGUUUGUGGUCUGUAGUCUGUAGUGUGUAGUCUGUAGUGUGUAGUCUGUAGUCUGUAGUUUGUGGUCUGUAGUGUGUAGUUUGUAGUCUAGUCUGUAGUCUGUAUUGUGUAGUUUGUGGUCUGUAGUCUGUAGUGUGUAGUCUAGUCUGUAGUGUGUAGUCUGUAGUGUGUAGUCUGUAGUCUGUAGUUUGUGGUCUGUAGUGUGUAGUCUGUAGUCUGUAGUUUGUGGUCUGUAGUUUGUGGUCUGUAGUGUGUAGUCUGUAGUCUGUAGUUUGUGGUCUGUAGUUUGUGGUCUGUAGUGUGUAGUCUGUAGUCUGUAGUUUGUGGUCUGUAGUUUGUGGUCUGUAGUGUGUAGUGUGUAGUCUGUAGUCUAGUCUGUAGUGUGUAGUCUGUAGUUUGUGGUCUGUAGUGUGUAGUGUGUAGUCUGUAGUCUAGUCUGUAGUGUGUAGUGUGUAGUCUAGUUUGUGGUCUGUAGUGUGUAGUGUGUAGUCUGUAGUCUAGUCUGUAGUGUGUAGUCUGUAGUUUGUGGUCUGUAGUGUGUAGUCUGUAGACUAUAGUCUGUAGUCUAGUCUAUAGUCUGUAGGUGUGCCAUCCUUAUUGUUCCAAUCAGGCUGAAAUAGAUGGUUGCAAAAAGGACUCUGGGAUUAUUCUUAUUGUUUGCAAUCACUGUGGAGAAAAAAGUGUUUCUUGCGUUCUUAACCACUGUGUUGUAUAUUUUUUGCUGUUCACCUAAUAUUUGAUGGUUAAUCGUUAGUUUAUUUUUCCUCCAUUUCCUUUCUGCUAUCCUGCAAUUUCUUUUUAGUUUUUUGAGUUCCUCAUCCUUUCUCCAUGAAGGUACUGAUUUUAAAAUGACCCUUUGUUGUGUAUGGGGGGAGUAGACAGCACAGACACUAGGGGGUGUAGUAUUUAACUCUGUUUUAUUAUAUACAUACAUAAUAACAACCAAUCAUUUUAAUCAAACAAUGAUAUGGAGUGUGACAUAAAUCCAAGAGAGUGUAUGGUGUGUGAGACCAUGUGUGGAGAUUAGUUGUUGAGUGUUACCAGUAGUAUAGCGGGGCGUAAAAGGUCCGUGUCCAAGCGGGAGGUGGAGAUCCAAGAGGCAGUCUGGUAAGCAGAGGAAGAAGGAAUGACGAGACACACAGCUCGUCAACGCGGGAACAGAGGUCUGCAAUUGGAGUGACAAGGAGGACACGAGACGAUCAACAACACGACGGGAGAGAGAACAAGUACCUCUUCUUCACUGGCUGCGUGUCCUAAGAUGACGCAACUAUGGGCGCCAAAGAGUCGAGGAUUGGAUUCUUGUCGUACGACGAGGCCGUCAAAAGAGUGACAGAUGUGGAAGUGAAGAGACUGAAAGAUGCCUUCAAGAGAACCAGCGGUGUGUCCUUCUUCAUGACUCAGCAGUGCUUCUACAAGGAAGUACUGGGAGAUGGAGUACCACUCAAAGUUGCAGAAGUGAUCUACACGUCAUUCGGAGGUUCGACUAAAGGACUUCACUUCAACAACCUUGUGGUCGGUCUGGUGCUGCUCACACGAGGACGAGAUGAAGAGAAGGCAAAGUAUCUCUUCAGUCUGUUCAGCAGUGAUCCAGGAGGAUCUGCUGCCAGGGAGGACAUGGAGGCGGUCCUCCAGGUCCUGGACGGAGAAGUUCCACCCUCGCUGAGGAAGUGCUUUAGCGAGGGAGACAAGGUGAACUACGAGCACUUCAGAGACUGGCUGCUACACCACAAAGAAGCCUUCACCUUGUCAAGAUGGCUGCUGUCUGCAGGAGUUUGUGUCACUCUGACUGAUGACAGUGAUACACCCACCUUCUACCAGACCCUGGCUGGUGUCACACACUUGGAGGAAAGUGAUAUCAUCGACUUGGAGAAACGAUACUGGCUGCUGAAAGCUCAAUCGAGAACAGGACGCUUCGACGUGGAGACCUUCAUCCCUCUGGUAUCUCCUCCUCUGCACACCUCCUUAUGUGAAGGCUUGUUCCACGCCUUCGAUGAGAACCGAGACAACCACAUCGACUUCAAGGAGAUCUCCUGUGGCCUGUCAGCCUGCUGCAGAGGUCCUGUUGCUGAGCGCCAGAAGUUCUGCUUCAAAGUCUUUGAUGUGGACCAGGAUGGAGUCCUGUCCCGUGAAGAAGUCCAUCAGAUGGUGGCGGCCCUGCUGGAGGUGUGGAAGGACAAUCGCACUGAUACGCUCCCUGAGCUCCACAGUUGUGCAUCAGAUAUUGUGAACGCCAUCUUCAACGUGCACGACACAAACAAACUGGGCUGCCUGACGUUAGAAGAAUAUCAAAUCUGGAGUGUGAACAAUCUUCUGGCUUCUGAGUUCUUAAAUCUUCUCUUCCAGGUUUGCCACAUCGUGUUGGGACUCAGACCUGCGUCUCCUGAAGAGGAGGGACUAAUCAUCAGGGGUUGGCUGGAGAGAGAGAAGAGACAAGGACUGCAGCACCAACACACCUGGUUCAUCAUGUCCUCUCUCUGGUGGCAGCAGUGGAAGGACUACACUCAUUAUGAGCCAAAGAGCCUUGGCGUGGACCAAGGAUCCAUCCUGACCUCUGCUGCAGACCUUGGUUGGUCAGAGGCCACACACAUUGCCAACGGUCACGUGUCCCAGCAGGCAGCACAAAGACCAGCAGCCAUUGACAACCAAGGUCUGGUUGCAAGUGAGCCCGCCAAGGCGCCAACGUUGACCUUGGAGGGCGGGCGGCUGAAGCGCUGCUUGAAGAAGGAUGAAGACUUUACCAUGGUGCCAGAACCCGUGUGGCGAGCACUUUACCACUGGUAUGGUGCCAACCUCAGCCUGCCACGACCAGUCAUCAUGGACAGCAAGACAGGCCAGGCAGAACUGGAGCUGUUCCCUUGCUACCUCCUCUUCCUCCGCCACCAGACCGCCACACGCUCCUCCUCUCAGACCAACAUCUGGCUCAGUAUGGGCAACGUGCCAUCCCCAAACCUUCCUCUGAAGCGAGUGUUGGUGUACAGCGCCUGCUUCAGCCGCAUGGCCACCAUCAAGGACAUCCACCUGUACCUGUGCCAGAGACUUGGCAUCAAGGAGGAAACUGUCCGACUCUGGUUGUUUAUCAGCGAGAACUACCUCACUCUCCUGGACGAUGAGGAUCACACACUUGAAAGUUUGAAGAUCCAGGAUGAGCAGCAGCUGGUUAUUGAAAUCAGGAACAAAGACAUGAGCUGGCCUGAAGAGAUGUCCUUCAUUACCAACAGCAGCAAGAUGGAAAGACAUAAAGUUCCCACAGAGAAAGGAGCGACAGGUCUCAGUAACCUUGGCAACACGUGUUUCAUGAACUCCAGUAUUCAGUGUGUGAGCAACACCCGACCUCUCACUGACUACUUCACCUCUGGGAGACACCUGUACGAACUCAACAGAUCCAACCCCAUCGGUAUGCGAGGUCACAUGGCCAAAUGUUACGGUGAUCUGGUCCUGGAGCUGUGGAGCGGAACCCAGAAGAACAUAGCACCCCUCAAACUCAGGUGGACCAUAGCCAAGUAUGCUCCUCGCUUCAAUGGCUUCCAGCAGCAGGACUCCCAGGAGCUGCUGGCCUUCUUACUGGAUGGUCUGCAUGAAGACCUGAACAGAGUCCAUGAGAAGCCCUACGUGGAGCUGAAGGACAGCGAUGGUCGUCCUGACUGGGAAGUGGCUUCUGAGGCCUGGGAGAAUCACCUGCGCAGGAACCGCUCCAUCGUGGUGGACCUGUUCCACGGUCAGCUGAAGUCCCAAGUCAAGUGCAAGACCUGUGGUCACAUCAGCUCACGUUUCGACCCCUUCAACUUCCUGUCGCUGCCUCUGCCCAUGGACAGCUCCAUGCACCUGGAGAUCACUGUCAUCAAACUGGAAGGCUCCACUCCUGUGCGCUACGGUCUAAGGUUGAACAUGGACGAGAAGUACACCGGACUCAAGAAGCUGCUGAGUGAACUCUGUGACCUGAAGCCUGAACAGAUUCUUCUGGCUGAGGUCCAUGGUGCCAACAUUAAGAACUUUCCUCAGGAUCACCAGAAGGUGCGUCUGACUGUCAGCACCUUCUUGUGUGCCUUUGAGAUCCCAGUACCAGGCUCGCCAACGUCUCUACACUCACCUCACCUGGCAGAUUGCAGCACUGUAGCUACAUGUAGCACUGACCUCCACACUGACCCUCCUUUCACCUGCCAUGAGGAGGCGGUCACCAUGGAAACACCUCUCGUCAAUGGACUGACCAAUGGACACAGGCAUGAAAGUGCUGUCACUGGUUACAUCAUCGCCAUGCACAGAAAGAUGAUGCGCACAGAACUUUACUUCCUGUCGUCCCAGAAGAACCGUCCCAGUCUGUUUGGUAUGCCUCUGAUAGUUCCCUGCACGGUGCACACCACCAAGAAGAACCUCUAUGACGCCGUCUGGAGGCAAGUGUCCAGGCUGGUCAGUCCACUGCCCCCGCAGGACUCCAGCAACCACGCCCAGGACUGUGACGACAGUCUGGGAUACCAGUACCCUUUCACUCUGCGGGUGGUGGACAAAGAUGGUACAUCCUGUGCAUUGUGCCCCUGGUACAGGUUCUGUCGAGGCUGCAUGAUCGCCUGUACUGAAGAAGAAGUUUCUCUGGGUAAUUCCUACAUUUCUGUGGACUGGGACCCAACUGCUCUGCACCUCAGAUACCAGACUUCACAGGAGAGGGUGGUGGAGGAGCACUGCAGUGUAGAGUUGUCACGUCGCUGCCAGGCAGAACCCAUCAGUCUCCAGAGUUGUUUGAAGGCGUUCACCAGCGAGGAGGAGCUGGGAGAAGAUGAGCUCUACUUCUGUUCCAAGUGCAAGAACCAUCGACUGGCCACCAAGAAGUUGGACCUCUGGAGGCUUCCUCCUAUUCUGAUUGUCCACCUGAAGCGCUUCCACUUUGUCAAUGGUCGUUGGAUCAAAUCUCAAAAGAUUGUCAAGUUCCCGAUGGAGGACUUUGACCCCAGCACCUUCUUGGUUCCUAAAGACCUCGACCAGCGCUUGCUUCAUUCCCACUCUUCUUCUACCUUCAGCAAAAGGUUCCCACCUUCCCUGAGCGGGAGCAGUAGCCCCAAGGCGAGCGCUGGAGACAUCAAGCUAUGUCCACAUGUGUCCCACCUGAGCAGCACACCUGGCCUCUCCAGGAGCAAGGAGUACCAGCAGGAAUGUGAUGAAGCUCAGCCACAGGGACACAGGAUGCAGGGUGACACCUGCAGGGGUCCACCUGGAGGGGAUGAGCAGUUGGAACAGCCGGAAGAGUCAGUGGGAGCGUAUUCCAUGGUCCCUGCAAGGCACACUGAUGACAUCGUGCUCCCCCACACUGAUGGCAUCAUGGUCCCCGCAAGGCACACCGAUGACAUCAUGGUCCCUGCAAGGCACACCGAUGACAUCAUGGUCCCCGCAAGGCACACCGAUGACAUCAUGGUCCCCGCAAGGCACACGGAUGACAUUAUGGCCCCUGCAAGGCACACAGAUGACAUCAUGCGCCCCCACACUGAUGACAUCAUGGUCCCCGCAAGGCACACCGAUGACAUCAUGGGCCCCGCAAGGCACACCGAUGACAUCAUAGUCCCCCACACCGAUGACAUCAUGGUCCCCCACACUGAUGACAUCAUGGUCCCCCACACUGAUGACAUCAUGGUCCCCCACACUGAUGACAUCAUGGUAAACGGGGUGAACUCCGACUGCAACACUGGACUCUCCUGCCAACAAAACAAGUGUUUGGAGUCCAUCUACAACCUCUAUGCAAUAUCCUGCCAUUCAGGAAUCAUGGGCGGGGGCCACUAUGUGACUUACGCCAAAAACCCCAAUGGCAAAUGGUACUGUUACAAUGAUAGCAGUUGUAAGGAAGUACAUUCUGCGGAGAUUGACACUGACUCGGCGUACAUCCUCUUCUACGAGCAACAGGAAGUCAAUUACUCCCACUUCCUGCCAAGGACUGACGGCAAGAAGAUGGCCGACACCAGUAGCAUGGAUGAAGACUUUGAGUCGGACUACAAGAAAUAUUGUGUCCUCCAGUGAUCCACUUGGUGUAAUGUAGAGAAUGACUAAGUAUUAUUCUGAUCAUGCAUAAUAUUGUAAAUAAUGACUAAGUAUUAUUCUGAUCGUGCAUACUAUUGUAAAUAAUGACCAAGUAUUACUCUGAUCGUGCAUAAUAUUGUAAAGAAUGACUAAGUAUUGCUCUGAUCGUGCACAAUAUUGUAAAGAAUGACAAAGUAUUACUCUGAUCAUGCAUAAUAUUGUAAAGAAUGACAAAGUAGUACUCUGAUCAUGCAUAAUAUUGUAAAGAAUGACAAAGUAGUACUCUGAUCAUGUGAAAUAUUGUAAAGAAUGACAAAGUAAUACUCUGAUCAUGCAUAAUAUUGUAAAGAAUGACAAAGUAGUACUCUGAUCAUGCAUAAUAUUGUAAAGAAUGACAAAGUAGUACUCUGAUCAUGUGCAAUAUUGUAAAGAAUGACAAAGUAGUACUCUGAUCAUGCAUAAUAUUGUAAAGAAUGACAAAGUAGUACUCUGAUCAUGUGCAAUAUUGUAAAGAAUGACAAAGUAGUACUCUGAUCAUGUGAAAUAUUGUAAAGAAUGACAAAGUAGUACUCUGAUCAUGUGAAAUAUUGUAAAGAAUGACAAAGUAGUACUCUGAUCAUGCAUAAUAUUGUAAAGAAUGACAAAGUAGUACUCUGAUCAUGUGCAAUAUUGUAAAGAAUGACAAAGUAGUACUCUGAUCAUGUGAAAUAUUGUAAAGAAUGACAAAGUAGUACUCUGAUCAUGCAUAAUAUUGUAAAGAAUGACAAAGUAGUACUCUGAUCAUGUGAAAUAUUGUAAAGAAUGACAAAGUAUUACUCUGAUCAUGUGCAAUAUUGUAAGGAAUGACAAAGUAUUAUUCUGAUCAUGUGCAAUAUUGUAAAGAAUGACAAAGUAGUACUCUGAUCAUGUGCAAUAUUGUAAAGAAUGACAAAGUAUUACUCUGAUCAUGUGCAAUAUUGUAAAGAAUGACAAAGUAGUACUCUGAUCAUGUGCAAUAUUGUAAAGAAUGACAAAGUAGUACUCUGAUCAUGUGCAAUAUUGUAAAGAAUGACAAAGUAGUACUCUGAUCAUGUGCAAUAUUGUAAAGAAUGACAAAGUAGUACUCUGAUCAUGUGCAAUAUUGUAAAGAAUGACAAAGUAGUACUCUGAUCAUGUGCAAUAUUGUAAAGAAUGACAAAGUAGUACAUAAUAUUGUAAAGAAUGACAAAGUAGUACAUAAUAUUGUAAAGAAUGACUAAUUAUUACUCUGAUCAUGUCUCCUGCUUGAUUGUAAGGAAAUAACAUUUUCAAGAAGGAGUGACAGCACUGGACUCUUAGCGCACUUUGCCAACACCCUUAGCCCCUCCCCCUGACAUUGGUACUCCCCAAAUGUACUUGGUGACUCUGAAUUAUGUACAUACUUCUUCUGUGUACUUGGUGACUCUGAACUAUGUACAUACUUAUUCUGUGUACUUGGUGACUCUGAACUAUGUACAUACUUCUUCUGUGUACUUGGUGACUCUGAACUAUGUACAUACUUCUUCUGUGUACUUGGUGACUCUGAAUUAUGUACAUACUUCUUCUGUGUACUUGGUGACUGAACUAUGUACAUACUUCUUCUGUGUGCUUGGUGACUCUGAAUUAUGUACAUACUUCUUCUGUGUACUUGGUGACUGAACUAUGUACAUACUUCUUCUGUGUGCUUGGUGACUCUGAACUAUGUACAUACUUCUUCUGUGUACUUGGUGACUGAAUUAUGUACAUACUUCUUCUGUGUGCUUGGUGACCCUGAACUAUGUACAUACUUCUUCUGUGUACUUGGUGAAUCUGAACUAAGUACAUACUUCUUCUGUGUACUUGGUGACCCUGAACUAAGUACAUACUUCUUCUGUUUACUUGGUGACCCUGAACUAAGUACAUACUUCUUCUGUGUACUUGGUGAAUCUGAACUAAGUACAUACUUCUUCUGUGUACUUGGUGACCCUGAACUAAGUACAUACUUCUUCUGUUUACUUGGUGACCCUGAACUAAGUACAUACUUCUUCUGUGUACUUGGUGACCCUGAACUAAGUACAUACUUCUUCUGUGUGCUUGGUGACCCUGUACUAAGUACAUACUUCUUCUGUUUACUUGGUGACCCUGAACUAAGUACAUACUUCUUCUGUGUGCUUGGUGACCCUGUACUAAGUACAUACUUCUUCUGUGUGCUUGGUGACCCUGAACUAAGUACAUACUUCUUCUGUUUACUUGGUGACCCUGAACUAAGUACAUACUUCUUCUGUGUGCUUGGUGACCCUGAACUAAGUACAUACUUCUUCUGUGUGCUUGGUGACCCUGUACUAAGUACAUACUUCUUCUGUGUACUUGUGUGGCUCACUGGCAGCCAAAAGGGAGAAAAGAGAAACAAAGACUUCCAAAUGGAACUGACUCCAAAUGUCCUGUUUUUUUUUACUGCUGAGUCAUCAUUAGAGAAUAAUGACU